AAGCAGGAUGAAUAACAGCAUCGUAACUGAGUUUAUGAUUCUGGGCCUCACCCAAAAGCCUGAACUGCAGAGAAUUCUCUUCAUUAUCUUUCUUUUCAUGUACCUUGUGGCCUUUCUUGGCAAUACACUGAUUGUCAUUGCCAUAAUCUAUAACUCCACCUUGCAUACACCCAUGUAUGUUUUCCUUCUGGCACUGGCUAUUGUGGACAUCAUCUGCACAACAAGCAUUAUACCAAAGAUGCUGGGGACUAUGCUAACAUCAGGAAGGAGUAUUUCCUAUGGAAGCUGCAUGUCCCAGCUCUUCUUCUUCACGUGGUCCCUGGGGGCUGAGAUGGUUCUCUUCACCACAAUGGCCUAUGACCGCUAUGUGGCCAUCUGUUUCCCUCUUCGCUACAGAAGUAUUAUGAACGACCAUAUGUGUUUGGCCUUGCUUAGCAUUACCAUGGCGAUUGCAGUAACCAAUUCCUGGGUUCACACUGGUCUCAUCCUGAGGCUGACCUUCUGUGGGCCAAACACCAUUGACCACUUCUUCUGUGAGAUACCUCCACUGUUGUCCUUGUCCUGCAGCCCUGUUAGAAUCAAUGAGGUGAUGGUAUAUGUUGCUGAUAUUACCCUGGCCAUAGGUGACUUCACACUCACCUGCAUCUCCUAUGGUUUUAUCAUUGCUGCCAUUCUCCGCAUCCGCACAGCAGAAGGCAAGAGGAAGGCUUUCUCAACAUGCUCAUCCCAUCUCAUAGUCGUGUCCCUUUACUACUCCCCUGUAAUCUACACCUAUAUCCGCCCUGCUUCCAGCUACUCAUUUGAAAGGGACAAGGUGAUAGCUGCACUCUAUACUCUAGUGACCCCAAUAUUAAACCCGGUUGUGUAUAGUUUCCGAAACAAGGAGUUGAAGACAGGGAUUCAGAAAGUCUUCACAUUUCUGAAACCUUAGUGUUUUCAAAAGGGAAUGUCAGCUCUGUACUCCAGAAUCAUCUCUUAAAACAUCUCAGAUUUUACUGAUCAUUUAUAGAUAUUUCCUUCCCAAAUUUCC